AUGGCCUUCCAAGCGCUGCAGGAAGCAGUGAAAUCAGGGCGAGUUGAGUUGGUGCUGCUGCAGCUGACUCAGACACCGGAAGCUGCAAAGGCAGCAGAUUGUAAUGGAACUACUUUAGUAAUCUUAGCUGCUCGAUUAAACAAAGAAGAAAUACUCAAAGAAAUCCUUGCACAUGGGGGAGACCCCAACGCCGCUGAAAUGCAGGAGAUCGGCGGUAACACCGCUCUGCAUUUUGCUGCAAGAAACAAAAAUGAGGAAAUGGUUUCUUGUUUGCUUUCCUUUGGAGCUUCGCCUAAUCAACAAAACACCCUGGGUCAAACACCACUGCACAUCGCCGCUCGCGUUGGCUGCAAGGGAGCAGCGGAGCAGAUGCUGGCAGCAGGAGCGAAUCCAGCAAUAACAGACAAAUCGGGGUUUGAUGCGGCGUAUUGGGCAGAACAUGGGAAGUACAGCGACCUGGCGAGGCUGCUGCCGCCUCCAAAAUGUUUAAAUAGCAAAGACUUGGCUUUGUUUCAGCUGCUAGCCAUGGAUCAACUCGACCUACCGCUGAAAAUGCCGACCAAGAAAAAAGGGAAAGGCAAGAAGAAAUGA